AUGGGUUUCAUCUCAAGUCAAGAGGGAGACUCUAAGAACUACCUGACCUACUACAAGAGAGCAGCGGUGUUCCUAGCGAUGGGAAAAUCCAAAUCUGCUCUGCCGGACCUCACCAAGGCCAUCCUGCUCAAACCUGACUUCCUGGCUGCCAGGUUACAGAGAGGGAAUAUCCUGUUGAAGCAGGGCAACACACAGGAGGCCAGGGAGGACUUUGAAGCAGUGCUACAGCGCUCCCCAGACCACGAAGAAGCGCGGGACCAGCUGAUGAAAGCGAACGAGCUGGAGGAGCUGCAGGAGGAGGCCCAUGCUACGUACCACCAAGGGGACUACAGCGCCAGCAUCACCGUGCUGGAGAGGGUCAUUGAGAUCUCUCCCUGGGAUCCGGACUCUCGGGAGCUUCGUGCAGAGUGCUACAUCCGGAUGGGCGAUCCUCAGAAAGCCAUCCAGGACCUGACCCCGACCACGAAGCUACGCAACGACAACCGCGGCGCCUACCUGAAGCUCAGCAUGCUGCACUACAGCCUGGGGGAUCACCACGAGUCACUCAAUCACAUCCGGGAGUGUCUGAGGCUGGACCAGGAGGACAAAGAGUGCUUCACCCACUACAAGCAGGUGAAGAAGCUCAGCAAGCAGCUGGACUCAGCAGAAGAGCUCAUCGAACAGUUCAGGUUCCAGGAAGCCAUUAGUAAGUACGAAACAGCGAUGAAGACGGAGCCCAAAAUCCCGCUCUACACAAACCUGGCCAAAGAGAGGAUCUGCUUCUGCCUCGUAAAGCUGAAUUCAGCUCUGGAUGCCAUAGACGUUUGCUCAGAGGCUCACCAGAGAGACCCUCGCAACGCCAACGUCCUGCGAGACCGAGCAGAGGCGUACAUCCUCAACCAGGAGUACGACAAAGCUGUGGAAGACUACAUCGAAGCCAAAGAGUUUGACAGCGAAGGCGAACGCAUUGAUCUGAAAGAAGGGCUGGAGCGAGCUCAGAAACUUCUCAAAGUCUCUAAAAAGAGGGACUACUACAAGAUCCUCGGUGUGGGAAGGAGUGCAAACAAGCAGGAGGUCAUCAAGGCGUACAGGAAGCUGGCCCAGCAGUGGCACCCCGACAACUUCCAGUCUGAGACGGAUAAGAAAGAAGCGGAGAAGAGGUUUAUCGACAUCGCAUCGGCUAAAGAAGUCCUCAUUGACCCAGAAAUGAGGCAGAAGUUUGACGCGGGUGAGGACCCCCUGGACCCCGAGAGCCAGCAGGGUGGGGGAGGAGGAGGACACGGCUGGCCUCAUCACUUCAACCCCUUUGACUCUGGAGGCAGCUUCCACUUCAAGUUCCAACACAACUAGAGCGGAGGACUUCACGAACACUUCGAAGUCCCCCACAUUUUUGGGAGGAACGACGGCGGAAUAACGGAGAAGUCUUCCUCAGAACUUCAAGUUUUCUUGAAAUUUUUAACGCAGCGGAUUCUUGAGUCGUACAGUGAAAAAAAAAUAAACGGACUUCUUCCCACCAACACUAAGGAUCUAGCUUAAUGUCGCGGUGGGUGAAGGAAAGGAGAUCCUCGUGAAUGGAAGUAUGGUUUAGCAGAUGUUUGGGUUGUCUGCUCUUGUUACUCAUUUCUUACUUUGUGCCAUUCUUUUAUCGACGGCCUCUUUUUUUAAUGCAGUAGCUGCUCGGACAUUUCAUAGGAAGUUGAUUUCUGCUCGCAGUAUUCUCUCACCGUGUCAAAUCUUCUCUGUACUAGAGAAGAUCUUUUGUACAUCAGGAGGAUUGUGUUCAGCUUCUACAUUAAUGGUAAGUAGGAGGGACUUCAACACUAUCAAAGGAAACAUGUGGAAGCUUUGGAGAUUAAUUUAACGCCAGAACGUGACUGUUUUUGAGUUCAUUUGUUCUUACCAGCUAUCUAAUUGGAAGAAUGUGUAAAUUCUGCACUUGGUUGGAAAUACUGUAUUCUAAAACCCGCAUAUUCACUUGUUCAAAUGGGAAAAUAUUCAAUAUUCUGGAUAAAAACGCAGCAACUAGGACAAGAGUUGUAGUAUUUUGCUCGUUCCUUUAUCCCUCAUUUCCAAGCACCCCUUUUGCACUUUUUGUUUGAAAACCACUCCACUUCUCCUCCACUCCUGACAUGUCACUGCAGGACUUUUCUUUGAAGCCUUUAAUAGACUCCUCACAAUAUCCGAGAGCCUCAUUUACAAAAAGAUAAUACAGAAGAAUGCACAUUUAAAAUGUUAUCAUAACCAGUAUGUUUAGAUAAUUUGUCUAACAGGAUGCAUUGCGACACGAUUUGCAAACUUAAGCAUUAAGUUACAGAUCAAAUCAAGAGUGCUUCAACCCAUAUACUAAGGUGACUUUCUUUUAUUGUUAUUUUGACAAUAACAGCUUGAAGAUACAGCGACUGUAACGGCUCUCAUGCCUCCUGCUCGCCUGGGAACUGAAUGCGAGCGGCCCUUUGUAUUUAAAAUGACUGAGUGGGAAGUUUUUUGUUUCUGGGAUUUCUUUUUAGGGGUUUUGCGAUAAGUGGCAUCAAUUUGACUCUUGCCAAACUGAAUCAGCUGACAUGCUCAAGCUAUUAAAAUAUUGAAACAAUCCAAGUUUGUCCUGAUGUCAUGGUGUGUACAUGUAUUGUAAUGACAGCCACAGAACAGCGCCCCCUGCUGCUA